CGUCGUAACAUUGACAUUUUGAGUCCCUUCUACUAAAACAUUUUUCCUACAACUUGUACCUAAAGAUUGUUGUUCUGGUUUCAUGCAGGAACCAUGAAUGAGGCCAUUGCUCGUAUUCCAGAAAUAGUGCAGGACUCUGUAAGCGGCGGCGGGCCUGGCAUUCAUUUGCAAGGUCGAGAAGGCAGUAACAUCAUCCACGGGCCUGGAACUCAUUUUCGAUGGGAAGAACCAAAUCCUUCUAACUCAGGUGGAUUUCGCUUGAGAACAAACAGUAUAAUCGAGGUGCUGGAAGCAGGAUUUUACUUUGUGUACUCUCAAAUAGCUGUCAACGGAAGAAGGGGACAUCACUAUGCAUAUUCUAACGCCAGCAAUCUGAUAUAUCCUUUGGACACCUUGUCUCAUAUGGGCGUUUUUCAUCUGAGCGCCUACGACAAGCUGGUAGUAAGAACCACUGAAUACUCACAUUCUGAUCGCUACAUGGUAGAUCAACGUUACAGCUACUUUGGGGUCGUUAAAAUCAGCUGA